ACCUAAUUGACCUUUUGUCUUUCGCCGGCGCACUCGUCAAAGGUGGGAAUGGAAUCGCCGACACAGACGGCGGAGCAAAUAGAGUCAAUGACUGAGUUUCUAGUGAAGCACUAUUCGGAUCAGCUCCGCGACAUCUCUCUAUCUCCCGAUCCAAAACUUCACUACCCUCUCUUCAUCGAAUUCGCAGAACUCGUUGACGAUGAUCCUUCUCUAUCGCGUCUCGUUUUCUCCAAUCCUGAACAGUAUCUUCGUCAAUUCGACGAAUCAGCCAUUUUAGCUCACGUAUGUGCUCAACUCAAUCCUGAUUUUGCUUUCGAUUCUUCUAUUGGGAUUGGGAAGAGAUUUAUUUGUUUAUUUCUGAUUCCCACAGAGACUUUCCCAAGUAUUGGCCGAGUUAGAGUAAAGCACCGUGGGAUUCUUCUGAUGUUGAAAGGCACGGUGAUUCGCUCCGGGGCUGUCAAAAUGUAUGAAGGAGAAAGGAUGUACCGAUGUCGUAAAUGCAAGUUCAUGUUUCCUAUUUUCCCUGAGUUGGAAUCAAUUAACUCAAUUGUGAAACCACCCUUUUGUCCUUCUCAGCGGUCUAAAUCUUGUGAAGGCACAAACUUUGAUCCUGUAGAUGAUACAGUAACACGCCAUGAUUACCAAGAAAUCAAAAUCCAAGAAAAUACUCAGGUUUUGGGUGUUGGGGUUAUCCCAAGGUCCAUUCUAGUCGUCCUGAAAGAUGACCUUGUUGACAAUGUUAAAGCUGGAGAUGAUGUUGUUGUCUCUGGAAUCUUGACUUCAAAAUGGUCUCAUGACUUAAAAGACGUUCGCUGCGACCUUGAACCUAUGUUGAUUGGCAAUCAUGUCAGAAGAACUAAUGAACUUAAAUCAGAAAUUGAUAUAUCUUAUGAAUUGAUCGAGAAGUUUAAGAACUUUUGGAGCCACUUCAAAGAUACCCCUUUGAAAGGGAGAAAUGCUAUCUUACGAGGUAUCUGCCCCCAAGUCUUUGGACUCUUCACUGUUAAGCUUGCAGUUGCCUUAACACUCAUUGGAGGUGUGCAGCAUGUUGAUGCUUCUGGGACAAAAGUUCGGGGAGAAUCUCACUUGCUUCUUAUUGGUGAUCCAGGCACUGGAAAAUCUCAGUUCUUGAAGUUUGCUGCAAAACUGAGCAACAGAGCUGUGAUCACAACGGGACUAGGAAGCACAAGUGCUGGAUUGACUGUAACUGCAGUGAAGGAUGGAGGAGAGUGGAUGUUGGAAGCUGGGGCCCUUGUUCUUGCAGAUGGUGGACUCUGCUGUAUUGAUGAAUUUGAUAGCAUGAGAGAGCAUGACAGAGCAACCAUACAUGAAGCAAUGGAGCAACAAAGUAUUAGCGUUGCGAAGGCUGGCCUUGUAACGACUCUUAGCACAAAGACAAUCGUCUUUGGUGCUACAAAUCCUAAAGGACAAUAUGAUCCUGAUCAAUCUCUUUCUGUCAAUACUGCACUUUCCGGUCCCUUGUUGAGCAGAUUUGAUAUUGUGCUUGUUCUCUUAGAUACAAAAAAUCCCGAAUGGGAUGCAGUUGUAUCUUCUCACAUCCUUGCUGAGGUGCAAAUAGAGGAAGAUAGGUAUGUGGAUGAUCUGACAACUAUUUGGCCACUACCUGUGCUUCAAAGAUACAUUCAGUUUGUGAAAAAAAACUUCAGGCCUGUUCUAUCAAAGGAAGCAGAAGAAAUUAUUUCAAGUUAUUAUCGACUCCAAAGAAGAUCAUCGACACAUAAUGCAGCUAGAACAACCGUGCGGAUGUUGGAAAGCUUGAUACGUCUGGCUCAAGCUCACGCAAGGCUUAUGUUCAGAAAUGAGGUCACACGAUUAGAUGCAAUAACAGCAAUCUUGUGCAUUGAAUCAUCGAUGACCAUUUCAGCCAUCGUAGAUAGUAUGGGGAAUGCACUGCACUCUAAUUUCUCCGAAGAACCAGAUCAUGAACACGCAAAGCAAGAGAAGAUCAUCCUUGAAAAGCUAAGAGGAGACGACAUCUAUUAGCAUUCUGGCUUAGUGACCCGCAGAGAGAGAGAGAGGUUUGCAGCUGUAAUCUCCUUCACAUUUCUCCUGCAAGUUUUUUUUUUUAUGUAUAGAGGGCGUUCUGUGUGAUAAGGUAGGUUUUCAGACGGAUUCUAAAGCACUAGAGCAUUAUCAAAAAAAAAAAGAAAUAUAUGCAAGCAUGAUUGGCCUUAA